AUGGAAGCGCUGCUAUUAGUGCUAGCAAUACUAUUUACAUUGCUUGAGCAAAAGAAAGUGUCAUCGAUUCUUCGUGUUUCCGGUGAUACGAUGGUUGUGGAACGACUUCAAAGGGAAAAAUAUGUUUCAUUUAAUUUAUUUUCCUAUUCUUCGCUUGAUGGACUUGUCGUAUCAGUUGUUCUGACAGAUUCAAAAGCCAUAUGCAGCCAGUCUGACUUCAAAAAAAUGGGGAUACAAGUAAAGAUAAAUUUUACAACAAAACGUAUAGCGAGCAUCAAACUGCGCUUGAAAAAGCCAUCUUCAGCAAUUCUAAAUGCUUCGCUACCUGUCGAAGUUAGUAUCCACUUCCACAUCGUGCACGUUUCGAUCAAUCAGGAGGAGCAGACGAUGACUGUUCACGGCCAUCUGUACAUGAAUGAGCUUCUACGCCUCGCUAAUCCUUCUCGCUACGAUCGCAGCAAUGGCUUCCGCGUGUGUCUUUAA